CAUUCUCUCAACUAUGACGAAUUUUAUUGUUUUUGUCGGAAUUUCCGUUCAUAAAAAAAGGCAAGAAGCAAUGAACGCACAGAAAAAAAUGAAUGACAAUACUCUGCACACAGUACCUGAAGAAAGUGAGAAAAAUUCAGCAAAUCGAACCGAUAUUUGUACAGUAAUUCGAAAUGGUUUACUGGAAAUUAUGAUUGAUGGCAAGCAGCAGCAAAUUCUUUCAGCAGUGAACACAAAAAUCCGAAUUAAAGCUGAAUUUAGAGGUGAAAAGUUUUGCUUUGAAAUGUUUCGACCAAUAUUAUUUGAUGAACUUCAAGCUCAUCUGCAUUCACGAUGUAAUCAGAAAUUAAGUAUCUAUUACACGCAACGGAAUUAUGAAUUAAUUGCACCUAUACGCAAUCAACUUGAAUUGGAUCACGCUGUUGAAUUACUUGAUUUGGCAAAUACAUCAAAUCAUAGAAGCUUACGAAUAUUACUAUCUCGUCAUCAAGCAGAAACAUGGCUACCACAAUCUCUUGGAUAUUCACAAAUUCCCGAUGCAUCAGGAACAUUCUCAGUGCGAUCAUCAAAAAUUAUUGAAUUACCGUACAAAGAUUGCCGCUCAUCAUGCACCAGUACAAGCACAGGUACAGUAAGUAGUUCAUGGCAAAAUACAAGCAGUGUAAGCAGUGGUGUGAUACUUACUGAUUUCGAUGAACAUUCUGUAGUCGGUAUAAGUACGCCACGGCCACCUACAAAUUGGAAACAAGGCAAAUGCAUUGGUUCUGGUACCUUUGGUAAAGUUUAUUUGUGUGUUGACGUGGAUACUGGUAAAGAAUUAGCUCUGAAGAGAUUCGAGAUUUGUUAUGGUCAUAAGCAUUUACAGAAUCACAUAAUUCAGUUGGAAAACGAAAUAAAUUUGCUUAGUACCAUACAACAUUACCGGAUAGUUCAAUAUUUUGGCGCACAACAAAUCAAAGAUGCAAUUUGCAUAUUCAUGGAGUUCAUGACCGGUGGAUCAGUAAAAGACUGCAUUUCUGUUUAUGGACCAUUAAGCAGUACAGUUGCUCGAAAAUAUACCUAUCAAGUAUUACAAGGUUUGCAGUAUUUGCAUGACAACGAAAUUAUUCAUCGAGAUAUCAAACCAGCCAACAUCUUAAGAGAUUCCAAUGGCAAUGUUAAAAUUGGCGAUUUUGGCUCAGCUAAACGAUUACAAGCAAUCUGCAGUCAACAAGCUUCAGCAUACAUCGGCACACCUAAUUAUAUGGCUCCUGAAGUAGCGCUUGGAUGUGCAGGACAUGGUCGUAAGGCUGAUAUUUGGAGUGUUGGUUGUACACUAGUGGAAAUGUUAACUGCUAAGCCAUUAUGGGAUCAUUUGGAGCCAAUGGCUAUAAUUUUUAAUAUAGUUCGUAAGAAGCCUACUUAUGAACUACCUAACGAUACUGACGAGGUUUUAGUCCGAUUUAUUGAGAUGACACUUGAACGUGAUAUAGAAAAACGCCCGAGUGCUUCAUUCUUACUCAGUCAUUUAGCAUCCAUUUCUAACUGUUAACU